GCAAGGCGGUCCAUGACUGUGUGGCAGAGAAGGCUUGUCCGUUCCCUAGAAAGCCUCUCACGGUAAACGUUCAACGUGGACGUUGAACGCCGACGAGGGGCGACUUGGGCUCAUUGUGACCGUCGGAGAAGUGUAGGCAGCCGAGCCCAUAGCCAAGUCCCGUCGCUGCGGGUUUAUCGCUCUAUUAAAUAAAACCACAAGCAACCAACCGGUGGGCAGAAUUCUCUCUCGCUCACUCUUAAUCUACACACACACCACGACCACCAGGCGCACCGUGGUGAGGGGAGUGGACUUGCUACUCUCUCACAGCCCCCUCUGCUAAAGAUGGACGGGACGGAGAGUGAGCAUGGGCCAGGGACAGCACAUCAGGCGUUCCUCACGAUGGAGGAACUCGGGGAUAAACUGAAGCUCCUUCGAUACGAAGAGACUUUCCUCAAACAACACAACAUGAAGCCUUUCUCUAGGCAUUACUUUGCAUUGGCCACUAAUCCAGGCGAGCAGUUCCAUGCAUUUGCUUCACUCGCAAGCUGGCUGAUCAAUCAGGCGGGACGGCCCUUCGAAGCGCCACACGAGCACGAUGACCCCAACGCCACGCUGGCGCGCAUCCUCACAGAGCUGCGGAACACGGGAGCUGCAGUGGAUUUCCCUCCGUCGCGACUUAAGACGGGCUGUGGGGAGCUCGUAUGCUACACCCUGGAUCGGUUGGCAGAGGCCGCACUGACGCACAGCAACUUCGCAUGGCAAAUGCCGGUGUAUCCAGAGGAGGUGCAGGAAGAUGAGGCAAUCGUGAUUGACGACUCCGAGCUCACUCUUGAUAAAGUGGAAGAAAGUGCCGGGGGGAAUGUCGAUGAUUAUGAAGAUGAGGAGGAGGAUGAAAGCUUGCUAGACCUGGACAAGAUUCGGAGCAAGAAACAGGAGACACCUGGGGCCGACGUCCUGGAGUCACAGACCGAUGCAGCAGCGUGGAGCCUGGAGCUGGAGCGCAUCCUCCCUCAGCUGCGGGUCACCGUGCGCAGCGACCACAAGGACUGGCGAUCUCAUAUUGAGCAAAUGCACCAACAUCGCGAGGGGAUCGAUUCGGCCCUUCUGGACAGCAAGGGUCAGCUGGAGAGACUGCAAGAGGAGAUGUCUUGGACUCUGGAGAAAAUCUCGAGCCGUGAGAAGUACAUGAACACACAGCUCGAGGGUCUCAUCCAGCAGUACCGCACCGUGCAGCAACAGCUGGCGCAGGUCAAGGAUCAGUACCGGCAGGGCAGCGGAGGGGUGACCGAGCGAGCGCAGACGCUUGCCGAGAUCACAGAAGAGCUCGAAAAGGUGAAACAAGACAUGGAGGAAAGAGGAAGCAGCAUGACUGAUGGAGGUCCCCUGGUGCGCAUCAAGCAGGCCCUCACCCGCCUCAAGCAGGAGAUGGAGCACAUGGACGUGCGCGUGGGGGUCGUGGAGCACAUGCUGCUGCAGGCGCGCGUCAGCGACAAGCACGACAUGACUCGCGAUAUGCACGCCAACGGCACUUACUAGGGCGACAUUCGCAUCGCACCCUUGCGUCACCCUCCUCCUCCUCCUCAUCCACCGUUGCCACUCUACUGCAUCCAGGACCUUCAUUUCUCUCAGAAUAUUUUCUGUAUCGCCGGUAGACCAGGAGCUGGCACGCGACUUGCAGACAUGGCAAGAGGUAUCUACUGGGCGCGGUGUGGCGGCUGUCGAAAUAUUAUCUGGGUCGGCGAGCCACAGGCAGACCCGGCUGAAAUGUGAAGCCCCGACGUCACCGCAAACCACGCCCAUUAGUUACGAGCAAAGUCGAAUGGUCCCAUAACUUGUUGUCAAUGUUUACAUGUUAAAUGGAAUGUGGCAGGCGUGCUUUGAACCAUCCAAGGAGCAUUGUUAAUUCAUUGUUCUCUCGGUUACCGUUACUCGAGUUGAAAUGUAUUAUUUUAUUUGAAGUCAUUCCAUGGUAGGAUUGGUAACCUUGAAGGUGCAGCUACAGAACACUUGUAUUGAUAUGUGUAACCGUGACACUGCCAAGGUUACAUAGAUUAAAAGUGUAGCGUUACGUAACUAAAUUACACAAGUGAUAUGUUAUGUUGACCCAUUUUCGCUUAAAAUCACGGAUCGGGAACGAUUGGCAGAAAACGUAAUACAUUUUCAAAUCAUGUGUGAUGUAAAUAGGUAUAAUGAUGACAUUUUCACAGUUUAUUGGACAUUUAAUUUGGCCACUCCACUUUACAAGUACUGGUCUUGCCAGAACGGCGUCCACUUUGCUUAUUUCAACUCACAAUUCACAAGUCAAUUGUACGGAUUUUAUUUUGUUCACGCUCGUAAAAGAAACACCGAAACGCGAACAAUUUCACAAAGUCGGCAGAGUUUCGACCAGCAGUUUGUCACGGAUGGAGCUGUGGCAGAAGAGCUUCAGCUUCCAGGGCAGCACGCGCACCUGCACGUCCAUCGCCUCGUACUCCUCGCUGUCGAUGCUGAACCAGCCGCCCUGCACCUGGGGGGCCAGACCCAUCCAACACGUCAAACGCUGGGCAACCAGAAGGGGUCACUAGCUUAUCGACGAAAAGGCAUUCCUUCACAUUCGCAUCAAACCAUCUAAUUUACAACGUUACAAUCACGCUUGCUGUGGUGUUAUGGUGAGCGCGCUGGACGGGCAAUUCAGAGGUUGCUGGUGUUAGAUUUUGAUCUCCCGCCGCCGCAGCAGUUAAAACUGCUGCAAGUUUCUCAGAUCUCCCUGCCUCUGUCCAUCACCCAGCGGUGCAACUGGUCACAACCACAGCAGAUCGGUAGGUGACGUGUGCUGGGGAAAGUGUGAGUAUUUCCACCUCCUCCGAGACGAUUGACCAGUUUAGGGGCUCCAGAACUCACUAUUGGUGGGUUUAUAGAACUCCCUCGUUGGAGGCCAUUCUGCCAGCAGUGGCAUGAGCUAUUGCAGGUCUGCACAGCUCUUUCUCUCUGUACAGUAAACUUAUACUCUAUAGUAUUACAUCAUUCUAAAUUACCAUUUGCUUCAAUAACACAUUGGUGUUUUGUUAAACGAGUUUUUGGUACGCCUAUAAUGUUAAGUGACAAUGAAAACACAUCAACUAUGGGUACAUUCCAUGUGUUCACUCCUAAAUAUUCCAUAAUGUUAAUAGUUAAAGGUUUAUUUAUAAUAUUUCCACUCAAAAACAUAUGGCUAUGUUUAUUUGUGUGAAGACUAAACAACAGAGUGGAAGAGUUUGAAGAUAAUCUUGCAAAUGUAUAGGCACUGUAGCCAAGUGGAGCCAUCUCAUUGGAGAGGUGACGACUUCUGCUAUGUUUCUGGUCUGACUGGCAUCUUGUUUAUGGCAUGCAUGAUAACAUUGUUAUUAAUUAACUACAUGCCAACAACGUAUCUUUGAUGCGUUGUUUUCCGGUUUGGGUUGCCCGUGUCUCCUCAAGCGUUCGCCACGCCUUGCUGCCGCGGGCGUCUUGAGGAGUUCGAUUUAAUUAAAUCUCUUUUAAACAGAAAUGCGGUCGCAACCCUCCCUCACCUGCGGCUUGAGAGAAACCUCUUUGGCCUGUAGCUUCGUGGAGUCCUCGCGGACUGCAUUUUCCUUCCGCAUCCUGGAGGGGAACGCACGCCAUCACUGCCAUGUCCUCCGGACGCUCACGGCCCAACUCCAGCGGUUUCUCAAACUCAAGUCCUCGCGACGCGUCGCGCGGUUUCGCCUUUUCACGUUUACCAGUCGCAAGCUCACUCACCCUGCACGAAGGAAGUCCAUCUUUGUGACGGCGGAAGGCAUCAGAACGAUGUCCACCGCAUCUGGCUUCUGUUGGGAUGUCAGAACAAAGCAACUUGUUGUUUAAGCAUCACCAAAAUAUGUAUGUGCUAUUGCCCCAAACGUCUCCUUUUAGAUAUGUUUACUUUUAAGGUCACAACGUUAUUGUGAUGAUUACGAUGAAUUUUUGUUUGUGAAUUGUACAAAAAACAAUAGGUCGCAGCCACUGCUGGACGAAGGGCUGUUCACAACUCUCCGCUUGCGACCCGAACCUCCAGUAACCCACACCACCACCUGACCGGUCGAUAUAUCAUGAUGCUCGCCUUGGUUUGUGUUUUAUUCAUCUUUUUUGUUUAAAAGUGACAUUAUUAGCACAUUAACAACAAAACACUAAAAAAAAUAAUCAUUCAUGAAGCCACCGGGUCAUCUGCGUGUUGCAAUCGUGAAGCCGGAAUAAAGACGUUGACCCAGAAA